AUGACGUCUCACGGCAUUCAGCUCAAAACACUCAAGCAGUGUCUCAUGUUCCUGCAGUGGCUGCAUAACGGGAAUGGGCAGAGUAAGCUUCAAGAGGUGGCCCGUCAUCUAUAUGAUCGUAUUAGUAAAUAUUUUAGUACCUCAAUUCCUAGAGUAGGUAAAAGUAAAUCUCCAUUUCUCACAGUGCAUAACAUUCAAUCCGAACUGUCCGCAUUCCUUAGCCACGUGUCAAACUUUUAUGGGAGAUUGUGCAACUACACAACGCCAGGGAAUUAUAACAUUAAGGACGCAAAAACAAUUGCCGACGCCCUUCUCGAAUGUCUCCCCAGAUUCCUCGCCGUGAUCUACUACCUUUGGUAUUGCAUAGACAAUGGAUUCAGAAAGCUAGGCGGCGGGUGGUGGCAAUAUGACUGGCCGGGAUGGGGCACGAAUGGUGGAGGUCAUCUUGAUGAGUACCUCCAUGCUCCAUCCAACGAGAUAAAGUACGGUGUCAUACCUGGUGGGUUCGGUAAAGACGAAGUAAAAUAUAGCUCACGUUUUUGGCACAGAGGCUACCACCAGGGUUUUGCUAUGUCUGGGGACCUACAAGCCAUCGUGAGAAAAGGCAAUUAUAAUUUCUUCCGCAGCGUCUUUGUCACUUCCGUUAUUGGUAAUUCGGCCAGUCGUAAAGAGAACACGGCAAACACUCUUGCAUUGGUGAGAACGUUCUGCGAUAUUGUGGAGGCGGAGAAAGGUAAAGAAGGCGGCACAUUAAAACAAAAAUUGGAAGAAGAUCUUAAAAAGUUCGGGUCCUCAAAUUCCAUAUGCUGGCAAGAGUUAAAAACCCACUGCGCUAAGCUUCGAGAUAAAUUGAGCAAGCUUUUCAACGACCCGAAACGCUUCGACUUCACGGGCCAGUCGACGGAUAUCGGAAAUCUUCAGCAAGAGGAGCUGGCGAAGGAAACUGCGAAUUGGUUGAGAGGAAAUGUGACCACAGUGCGGAAACAUUUGAGGGAAAUUAAAAAAAAAUACGGAAGAACAUCUUGUGACGGCGAUUUGGAUAGGCUUGUGUAUAUUUUGAAUGGAACUUAUCAAGGAGUAUGCAAGCUCCCUGAGGGAACUCCCAACCAAGGCAAGAAGGCUGAGGGAGCGCAGAACCAGGGGAAGAAAGCGGAGGGGAAUCAAAAUCGGAGUAACGGUCAAAGUGGAGGAACUCUUCAACUAUCACCAGUUGCAGACUCUGCUGAUGCAAGUCCGCUUCCCGGUGAUCACGGAGGUACAGGCCCGUCAGGGCCUAACGGUGAUCGAGGACAGGAAGGGCAUCCUGAUUCAGGGGCCACGGUGUCUUCUCCAGCUCCAGGUUCACCAGUUAUACGAGCUGUUCAGACUCAGCAAGUUACUGCUCAAGACCCUCCAGGCUCUCCCCUUCCGCCUCCUCCCCCCCCUGUUCCUGAAGGCGCUCCCCUCCCUGCUCAGCCAGGUGGCGCGGUUCCAUCUUCAACGUCCGGUGAUGCUCCAGGUUCACAGCCUACUGCACCUCAAGUCAAGGGGCUUACUGAGCCUACGAGUGCUUCAGUUCCAAGCGCUGGGUCACCUGGUGAUAAGGGGACUGGGUCAAGCGGUGGUCAAGAUGUUACUCUACCAACAAGUCCUGGUGCCGAUCGAAAUGUAAGCAGCGGCGCUACUGCGCCGGCUGGCACGGCGCCUGGUGGAGGUGGGAGUGGAUAA